GGGUAGAUAGAAGUGGAAUAGGUCAUGAUGAACUCUGCAGUGUGUCUAGUUGCUCUAAUACUUCUUGGUUGCAGCCUGGCUGAACAAGAAGGGCAGUUGAACAUUCUUAUAGUGCCCAUACCGUUUGCUGGACACCUCUAUCCUGUAUCUGCCUUGGGAGAGCAACUUGUGAGGAAUGGACACAAUGUUACCAUUUGUACGCCUGUUGUCAACAACACUAACCUACAAAGCAAAACUGCCCAAAGAGCAGGCAUGAAUUUAUGGAAUGCUGGAAACGAUGUCUUUGAUACGGAAAAAAUUGCAGAGCUAUCGAGAAAAACUUCUAACCAAUCUUUCCUAGAGAGUGUCUUCAAUCGUGAUAAAUCUGAAAAUGAUGAAACUAAGAAACUUUUACAACGAUUAAACUUGCUUCUCAACAAUUCAAAUAUUCAGAAAUUUGAUAUGAUAAUCGUCGAUAUUUGGCUGUCUCCUCUUGUGGCAUGCAUCAGCAAAAACUUCAAAGUUCCCUUCAUUGUUGUCUCCCCCGGUCUUCUCUGGCACCCCUCACUCCUCCCCACAUGGCCCUUUCCUCUACUAGGGACCAGCUUGAGUAUGGACUUAACUCUAUUCCAACGAAUACUGAUUUAUGUGUAUAGGCCCAUUCUUUCGUUCUUUCUGAGUCGGAUACUUGAUACCUCUAUACCUGAACUACAAUGUGGUGCCGACAUGAACUAUUUGCUCGAGCCGUUCGGUCACCAUGUUCCUCUUUUCAUAACGAGUGUAAUUGGAUUUGAGUACCCUCGGGAUAUUUCCUCGCUGACAAGUUACGUAGGUCCACUACUGACCAAGAAUCCUGAGCCAAUUCAAUUUGAUCUUACCAACUGGCUGAGUCAGAAGCCUGACAACAGUGUUGUGUAUGUCAGCAUGGGUUCUGUGAUUUACCUGACUAGAGAAAUGGGUGAAGCUAUCUUGAAUGGAGUAUUGGACACGGGUAUGAGUCUGGUGUGGAGUCUAAGGGAACAGAACAGGGACAUUCUAGACGGAAUCGUUUUGAACGAAAAGAGAGUAUUUCUAGUGAAAUGGGCUCCCCAAUUGUCAGUAUUUGCUCACAAAGCUACAGGAGCGGCAGUCUUACACGGUGGACUCGGUGGAUUACAAGAAGCACUUGCUAACAGUGUACCUGUAGUGGUGGUUCCCAUAGCAAACGAUCACGGUGACGAUGCGGCUCGAGUGGAAUUUUUCAAUUUAGGAGUCUCCAUUCAAUCUAACAAAUUAACAGCCGAAAAAAUAACCGAGAGUCUAAAAACCGUAACAACUGAUGCAUCCUAUGGAGAGUCUAUCGCCAGACUGAGAGGGAGGUACACUUUUGCUGGAGGUGUAGAGAGAGCUGCGGAACUUGUCGAACAUUAUUCUAUUGUUGGCUACGAUCAUCUCAUCCCAGCCUAUGCCAAGUAUAAAUGGAGCUGGAUUGCUUACUACAAUGUUGAUGUCAAGAUUACGCUGUUGUUCUUGGUUUGUGUGUGUAUGUAUGCGUUGUGUAGGUGCUGUAAAUGUUGCUGUAAUUAUUGUUUCUGUGAACGCAAAAAGGCUAAGAAGGACUGAUAUUUAAUACUGUGACUAUAUAAUUAUCAAUUUGUAUAAUCAAACAAAAGUAAUUUACCCCUC